UUCAUUUAUUAUUUGCGGUCAUUUGCAGUUGAAGAAGAAGAAAACAUCAACAUGUUGACCUCUUUUCGCAUCUUAAGCCUCGCUUGGUUGGCUGUAAGUGUUCUCAGCCAAGACUGCAUCGAUGUGACUCUUGAUUGUAACCAACCUGUACCUACAAUUUUCAAACUGGGCGAUGCCUCAUGCGCCUGUAAUAGGCCAGAGCAUGCUGGAGCAUUGAAGUACAACAGCGGUAAAGUUCAUGUGUGUUUGGGCAACGAAUGGAAAGUUAUACAGUUUGAGGAAAGUUACGGCUCAGAAACUAACCCUGGAUAUUCUUGCGAGGAUAUUCUAAACAAAGCCGGAAAACAGCUAAAUGACGGCGUCUACUGGAUUCGUCUACCAGGUAUCAAAAUAGUAUCGACUUUAUCAAAGAAGAGGUGUCACGAAAUUUAUCAAAAUUCAAACGGUGGGAACCGCCACCAAACUGAGUGAAACAUAAACAAAUUGCGACGCUUAAAACGCAACAAAAAGUGAAAAACAAAGCUAAUACAAUUGCAAAAGGAAGCGCGCAUGGUCAAACGUGAAGACGGCUGAAACGGAGUGCAAUUGUGAGUUUUGAAAACUUGUUAGCCUAACAGGUUUUUAAAAUUCAUUUUUGUUAUUUGUAACGUUUAAAAUCAUGCUUGGGAGGCAUAUUUGUACAGAGAAGAAGCUGUGAUUUUGUACUCUCCAAACCGUAUCAUUUCUCGAUCUUCAUAGCGAAAAAGGGCGUGUAAUUGCUCUCAUCAAAAGGAACAAGCCAGCCGUUACACAGCCCUUUUAACAUUCUGUCAUAUCAACAGAGUUUAUUAAAUCAAGCUUUUUGUUUCUGCGUCAUCAUAAAGGAAUUUUUCUUUUUUCUUUUAUCAGGAGUAAGUUUGCGAGAUGCCUUUCCAGUUUACUGCGACAUGGUUGCGGGAGGUUUGUGAAGAUCUUUGUGUCAUCACUAGAAGCCUAUAUUUUUUGAUAAUUAUAGAAAUAUCUUAUUUAAAGAGUUGGACGAAUUACACUAUUUUAUAGUUUGGUAUUCAAUUUAUCAUUAGCUCUUAAAUUCAUUUAUUUACAUCGAUUCAAGUUAAAUUUGUAAUUUAUAUUUAAGAUAUAUUUACUAUUCAGUUUACUGAGUAUGCAUUUUAAUUUAAUGUUCACUUACACUUUGCAUAUAAAGCAUGCAUCUUAUUUUUGUUGUAAAUUUAAAUAGAGGGUCAUCGACAAAUUGAAUAGUUUUUGUCAGUUUUUGUAGCUUUUUCAUGCAAUCCUCUUUAAAUGAAGUGUAUUAUUAUUAUUGUUAUUGUUAUUAUUAUUGUUAUUUAUUACUUAAACUCAGUUUUGCCUGUCAACCGGAAAAAUUCCCUUGGAGUGGGUUACAGCUAGUAACAAGAGCCAUUCACCAAGGAAAACAAGGGUCUGGUCAUCUCUCAAAUCUCAAGAACUCUUCGUUGCAUUCUUGCAGUUCAUAAUAAGGGAAUGCGGUCGUCUGCACCUGCCCUGAUCUUACCCUUUUACUGAUGUUUUGAAGCGACUUAUUCAGACCUUUAGUGAUUACUCCCAAACCUCCUACAGCAACCGUUAUAUGGUGCACCUCCACUUUUCGCAUAGCCCAUAUCGGAGAUCGUGAGAUUUGAUUAAAAAGAGUGGUCAGAAAAGAAAAAAAAAUUCAGUAAGUGCGUGACUCCCUUUGCAAACGAUCAAAUGGGACCUAAAAAAAAUUCUCAAUAGUUUCUACACAAACAUAUCAAAAACUUUAUAUCACCCCACGUAUAAUAUAUUUGCUUGUGGAAUCCGAAAUCCUGGGAUGCGGAAUACAGCUCAAGAAAUCCGGAAUCACACUUAUGAUUGGAAUCCGGAGUCCAUGGCGUGGAAUCCAGAAUCCAAAACUGUCUUUGGCGCGACUUUGUAUAAACGGCAACGGUACUCUUGCACCAUUUACAAUUAAAUUCAUGGUUUGUGUGAUAUAAUCCUUUAUCAGGUUGGACCUUGGUAUUCAAAAUUGUCAGCGGCGUUAAUAAGAAAGUAUGGGACCUGUACAACUCGGACUUAACGUCUGCUGAAUUCGUAACCGCAGCACUUGACGUUACAAAACAGCACCCGGAUCACUACAAGAACCGAGUGAUAAUGAACUGGAGUAGUUUCAAUGCAUCGCAGGUUGGUAGAGAAAGUUUUAGAGACCACAGAGGCCCAUUAAUUUAAUUGCAAUAAAAUACCACAGCAGAAGCAUAGAGUAGCCAAGUACUAUGCAAUAAACACACUAUACAGGGGCGUAGCUAGCCUCUUUUUGGUUUUAAGCCCUAGUCAUAUUGAAGUCCUUGUUGGCUGUUCCCCUCAUUCAGUGUAUUUUAACAAGUUGCCACGAAAAAGAAAGCGAUCGGCAGCCGUUUCAGAUGAAAUUUACCGUUUAAUAUAAACAUACAUUCUACUGACUCUGAAAUAUUGGAAUUAUGGCGGCAAAAUAGAAUGCAAAGCAAGGCUAGUCUUUAGAUCGAUUUUCAAGCAAAGAUUCAUUCAGAAAGAUUGGUUUCUUCGAAGUUGCAUUUUAACAUCGAUCAAUGCAGAAAAAAAGUAGUUAACUAAAGCAUGAAAUUAACUUUUUUCUAGGAGUCACUAGGCUAGUUAAUUGAUAUUUCAAAGCGGUGACCAGUAUUUCCACAAAAAACAAAACCAAAGGAAAAAAACUAGAGCAAAAACAAAGAGGAGAUAACAGUUUGCUAAACAGUAUUUAAGAGCUGAGAUAGCUUGAGACCGUCCAAAAGUACGAAUUUUUAACCUAAAUGAUUGGAGUGAACAUAGGGGAUCUCUACAACGAAUCUACUUGAAAACCAAGAUGGCUCUCACCGACAGAUUUUCCUAGUGAACUAUAUGCCAGUUUUGCAUGCCCAUCGCGAAGACAGACAUUGAGUUGCAGUUUCACGACUUUCAUGACCUUUUAUCUCGUGAUUUUAACCAAAAUUCCUGUUAAUCCCUGGCUUAAUGGCCGCUACGCCACUGGUAUAGGAUAUAUUUCGUUCUCUUUUCACCGAACUCUUUCUUUUCUCUGUUCACACCAUGGCCAUCGUGCCCGUGCGCGAAUGAUGGCACCUUGAUGUUUUUCAUAAAAAAAGUUCCAAUUUUUCUUUAGCCGUAUUAAAAUUGCUUGCAUAUUUAUCGGUAGGAUCGGAUUCCAACGAUCAGCUUUGCAUUGUUAAAUUCUUCUUGCAAUAUGUAUAAUGGUAACAUCACCUUUACUGCACCACCCGGGGGAGGUCGGGGGGGUGGUACUUGGGUUAAUGUUUGCUGGGUAUGUGCCGCUGGCUUCUCAGAGCCCCUACCCCAUUAUAGUCUAUUUUUUGGCCUAUUAUAUACCCCAUCUUAGUCACUUUUUGGAAAAUGUAAUUUUCCCGAUCCCAACUUAGUCACCUUCUAUACAUCUACCUUAUCAAUGUGGUUUCAAGCAGCGGAAUGUAAUGCGGCCAAUGCGAGCUUAUUGUUAAAUUUAAACAACAACUUUCUGAUUUUUUUUACCCGAGAGUCUUCCCAUUUUGAAUCCCUACUUACCCCCCCAAAAAUGCGAAAAUUUUCGACCUCAUUCUAGAAACUCUAUUGAAAAUGCAACCCCAUUAUAGUCAGUCCAGUAGUGAAAAUGCGACUCCAUCCAGUGGCACAUCCCUAUUAGCCUCUUGUAAGAGAGUAGCCUGAGAUAGAGAGUAUCCCGUCCUCCACCCCGCGGGCUGCACCAUUUAUUGUGGUUACGUUCGGCGGGAUGCUCAUGAAAUUUUUUUUCGCAUGGGUAUUGUAAUUUUAAACCUAAUCAAGACGGAAAUUAACUCAAAAGGGAAUAGCAAAAAUAGAGCUAGGCUCCGUUUCGUGGGUUCAAACGAAAAGAACGUUAGUGAGUACAGUUUGCGAUAAAUGGUGCAACGAAUGUUAAUUUUGUAUUUUUUUGACUUUAACUUCGGGUCAGAAUUGAUUAAAACGCAAGCCUCGGUUGGUCUUCGGACGUCUUGGAUUUUCAUAUGUUAAGUAAAUGAGGAGUAGAGUGUUUUAAACAUUAAUUAGCCUGCAUAUCGGGAAUAAUUUAUUCGUGAUAUACCUACUUAGUUCCUUUGAUCUCUUUUCUAUUUAAAGGCGAGAGUGACACUGUACGAAGGUGGUAUAAGCAAGAAAGACUUGUUAUUUAACGCAGCUGGGACGGAUAAGCUGAAUUGGUUCUCAUUCAACAAAAUGACCUCUUCCUCUUGGUCUGACAUCUCAUCGGAACCCAGAAACUACUUUACAAUUCAGGGUGAUUGUCACACUGACGAUGGGCUAUGUCGUAGUUUUUUCAUCAGCAGAAGCUACGCUGGUUGUGGAAGUGAUUUGGGAUGGCUUGCAGGGUCAACCUCAAGCAAAUGGUGUUCUUGGGAAAACAGUGCUGCUCACAAAUUUAACGUCCUGUACAGCAAGCUGUCCACUUACACCAACUGGAACACAGUUGGUGAGUUUUUUCUUUUAUAA